GAGCUGAUCCCAGCUGUUCUGGGAUCCCUGUAGGGGCAGAACACCAUCGUAGUCAUCAUCUGUUUAUAGCCUUGGUUUCUUCUUGAGUUCUUCUUCUCUUGGUGAAGAGCAGGAACAUGAGAAGCAAAAGACAAAUGUUAUGCUUGUAAAGUACCUGUUGUAUUGCCUAGCAAGUGAUCUACGCCCUUAGUAACAGAAGUACAGCUCUGAAGCCCAGUGAAUCCAAAGUUCCUCGAGUUUCUACAAAACUUCAUUUGAUUUAUGGAUGUUGAAAUCCUUCUCAGUGCCAACAAGAAGCUGGUUGCAGCCCUUGGACCAGAAUGUGGUCAUGGAUCGGAUUUUCUCUGGUAUCCAGCCAACUGGGACGCCUCAUCUGGGUAACUACCUUGGAGCCAUUCAGAACUGGGUGAAUCUGCAGGAAGAGUGCAGCUCAGUGCUGUACAGCAUUAUGGACAUGCACUCUCUCACCAUGCCCAAGGAGCCAGCUGUCCUGCGCCAGAACAUACUGGACACCACUGCUGCCAUCCUUGCCUGUGGUAUUGACCCAAAGAAGUGUUUCCUGUUCCGACAGUCACUGGUUCCUGAGCAUGCAGAACUUGCCUGGAUUCUUGGGUGCUUAACUAACAUGCCACGUCUGCUACGCUUGCCCCAGUGGAAGAUGAAGCGUGCCAGCCAGAAUAAUGAAGGAACUGUUGGGUUGUUGACCUACCCUGUGCUUCAAGCAGCAGAUAUUUUGCUGUACAAGUCGACACAUGUUCCCGUUGGAGAAGAUCAAGUCCUGCACCUGGAACUAGCUCAAGAUAUAGCACAACAUUUCAACAAGAAAUAUGGAGAAUUCUUUCCUGUGCCCAAAGCCAUUUUAAGUACAACAAAGAAAAUAAAAUCCCUCAGGGACCCAGCAGUAAAGAUGUCCAAGUCAGACCCACAGAAGUUGGCCACUGUGAACAUAGCAGACAGCCCUGACGACAUAGUGCUGAAAUUCCGCAAAGCCGUGACUGACUUCACCUCGGAGGUGACCUACGAUCCAGCCGGUCGCCCUGGUGUUUCCAACCUGGUGUCCAUCCAUGCUGCAGUGACGGGGCUUAGCAUUGAAGAGGUACUGCGCCAAUCUGUUGGUCUGGACACUGCUCACUACAAAAUGGUGGUAGCGGAGUCAGUGAUUCAAAAAUUUGCACCUAUCAGGAAUGAAAUCAAGAAACUCCAGGAAGACAAAUCCCAUCUGAUGAAGGUUUUAGAGGAUGGAGCAGUGAAAGCCAAAGAACUGGCUGCCCCCAUCUAUCAAGAAAUAAGAAGACUGGUGGGAUUUCAGUAGACUCUGCUGAGUAAUCGCAAGGACUUUUGUUUCCUGGGACGUAUAUUUUGAUAUUUGUAUCUUCUUAAUAAUUUCGGUUUGAAUCAAAAGCUUUUUUUCCCUGGAAAAUCCAAGUAGAACAUUGAAGGUGUUUGCAUUAAAAAAUGAGCACAAAACCGUAUUUCCAGUGGGACCAGCAUUAAGCUUGUCUGGGCAGUCCAAGACGGAGGGCAGAAGGAAUCACAAUUCAUGGAGAAAUCAUGCAGAACCAGAAUAUAAGGUUGCCCAAAUAGGGUUCUGGGUUUUUCCGUUGACCACUGCAAGAAGCUGAAGUAUAGGUGAGGUGAUCAGAAUGUAGCACAAAGAUCUGUCAUCUUCUGAAAAACAUCCUUACCUGUGCAUGUGAGCUCAUUAGAGACACACAACUCAUCCCAUUGGUAGUUAUUCAGCUUCGAUACGGUGGUUGAAUGUGUUCUUGAUAACCAGAACAAAAGCUCAGAUGAUGAAGAGAGAAUUUGCUGCUUCUCCCUAUCGUGUCUUCAAACUGAGUGUGAUUUUAUAUCUACAUGUAGUUGGUGUGAAGUGUGUUAUAUGGAUAUUCAUACUCUAAACCUCACUGUAACUACUGUGCUAGAUGGCCUCUUUGAUUGUCACUCCAAAGAACCCAGAGAGUGGGCUUGAAUUCCUCUUCUGCCACCUGUGCUGUCCUGCUGAUCGGGUCUAAGGUACUUCAGUGAGAAAGGACUUGUGCUUCAGCUGCUCCUAUUUCACCUGGUGUUCAGUUUAGCAGGGAGCUCCAGGAUUUGCAGUUCAACAUCCUUUAGAAAAGGUAUAGGGGGAAAGGAUGUAAUUCUGUGUGAAAGAAAUCUUAGGUUGAGAAAUCAGAGAACUUUCUGUAAAAUGUACAAAAUUACUUGUUUAGAAAAUUGAGCUGUCAGAGCUAGAAUGGGCCUAAAUAUGUCUUUAUGAGUUCUCAGUAGUGAGCCUCAAGAAAACUCGGUGGGAGAAUGGUGUUAGACUACACUGAUCUUAAGCCUCACAAGAGGACAGACCAGGACCCAUGGACCAUGGCAUUUGUUGGCCAUGUGUGGCAACAUGGGGCAAAGGGAAAUCGUCAAAAGGAGACAGCCUCUUCCAAAAAGGGGGUAGUAGUACAUGUUAAAAGGUAACUAAAGUCCUACUGGUCCUGUGCCAGCAUAUUUAAGUGUAUCAUUGCGCUUAAUGGUGCUGUGUUUGAAAUUGCUGUGCUGUAAUGUAAAUUGGGUUAAUCCUGUACUCUGGCAGCUCAUAACCAUAAUAUGCCUUAUGGCAUUUGUCAUGAAGGAUUGCAGUCUUAUACGACUGAGUUAGUAAAACUGGGAGUGGGAGGAGGUGUCUGUGUAAUGCAGUUGUUCAUUUGUUUAAAAAACACAAAAAAAAGCUAUGUAGUUUUAAAAUUUAGUCACUUAUCAUAGUGAGGUGAUUCAGAAAGAAUUACUUCGUGUUGCGAAACAAGAAGUUGUGGACUGAGCGUCUGCAGAUCUGUACUGAGACCCUGUAUUUAUUUGUUAGGGCUCAAUUUCUACCUGUUCCUCUCUGUUGGUGAAAAAGAUAGGAGCAUAUAAUCAAAAGAAUCAUAGUUUCAAGGUGCCUUUACACUUCUGAUACUCCCACCUAACACAUAGGGUUGAUGUUCAACACCUCCUUUGCAGUAAAAGGAAAUAGGAGUAUUUGUGUAUCUUCAAUAUAUUUAUUUUAUAAAGGGGAGGGGGGGAGGAUGACAUCAACAGGCAAUUCUGGCUCAUUACCCGAACUGUUCUGAGCAGUCUUUCCAAAACUCUUAGAUUUUUCCAGGGAAUCAUGUAGGUGAAGCAGGAAGAAAAGCUUCAAAAGAGCCCUUUCUUUAAGGUAGGGGUUUAAUACAUUGCAUAUUGAGCAGUGUUUCAGUCAAAUUUACUAAUUUAUCACUUUUAAAUUCAAUAAUAGAUUAAGGGUUUCCCUUUCCCCUGUCAGUCAAACAACUCUUAGUUGCCUGAUCUAUUUCCUUCAAGUAAGGAAACAUGCCUGGUUUUUCUUCCUCAGGACAGUUAAACUUGUGUAAAAUUAAUAUGUUCACCUACUGACUGUUGACGUAGCUUUUUAUUUUAGUAGCUCUUGCAGAGGAUUUCUCAAAAUGAAAGCUGCAUCUGCCCAGUGAAAUACUCCAAUUCUGCUAACAACCAUGAUCAUUAGAGAACAGUUGUUGAGAAGGCUUGAUGCUGUGUAUCUCAGAAGGAUUUGUUUCAUGCUGAUUCUAGUCCAGUGUCCAGUGAUUUACUGUUUGUUUACAUCUGGAGUGCAGCUCCUGAAAUGCAUGUUCAUGUUGGGUUGCUGAAUGAUGCCAACGUGUGGGGCCUGCUGAAAUGCAGUUAGUGGGGACAGUGGGGAAUUUCUGCAGAAGCACACUCCUGAUCCCAGCUGCAGUGCUAGUGCAGACAUGCCCUGUGGCACUGUGGAAGUCAUUGUAAAGUGUUCUUGAAGGACUGGGUGGGAAAGAGAUCCAGUCACAUCUUUCUGAGUUGAAGAAAGAAGCGUUGGAAGCUGGAAAGGUAUCCUUACCCCUUGAUGUGUUGCUCUGUCUCAGCUUCCUUUUCUUCAGUGAUACUUUUCCUUGAAUACGUUCAGUAAUUUGUGUCUUAGUCUUGAAAUCUCCUCCUUUUCCUAUUCCUGUUUGUUUCAUGCAUCUGAAGUACAUAUGUAGUCAUUGGGAUCUGCAGUAUCAGAUCUAGCAUCUCCAGGUAACUGAAGAGAUUCGCUUACCUCUAGAGAUAAACAUCAACUCCACAAUGAAUAACUUUCUAAGAUCUCACUAGAACAUUUAUACACUUGAGACAUUUAUCUUAGUGGCUAAUGGCUUGUAGGAAGUCAUCACUUAGAAGAUGGUGAUAGUCUCAGUUCUGUGCUCCCACUUUAGAGCACAGAAUUUACUGGGAAUUUUAGAUUCACGAAUAAUGUUUUCUUCAGCAGAGAUGAUAAUUGGCAUCAUAAAUUAACUCUGGCACUGCUCCAGCAUACAUUCCUUCCUCAAGUAACUGGAGUGUAUAUUGUACAUUAUAAUGGAAUUUGUAACUUUUACAGGUGUGGUUUAAGUAUCCUUAGUUUUCAAACACCAUGAUCUGGCCUCUUAGAGUCUCCAGAAGGCCUUGUGCAUAGUUCUCAUUCAGUGUGUGUUUAUCUACAAACAAUUUAAGCAGAACUCCUUGGCAGGGUUAUAGUUGCCUCCAUUCAAGGUUAGGGAGUUCAUAUGAGUGAGCUGAAAGUUUAAGGAAGGACAGUGAAAUGGGACCCUUGGGGACUGUCCUAAAUGGGACUAUAGGUUAUCAGAGCAAAUGUUUUCUUAUCCUUGGUGAGGGUCGUCAUGAUCCUGACAACAGUACAGCAGUAAAUACUGCUGGUGAAAGCCUUUAUGUCAGCUUCUGUAGGAACUCUGUAUCUGAUUUGUUGAUGACAACUGUAUCUUGGGCUGCAUCAAAAGUAGCGUGAGCAGCAAGUGGAAGGAGGUGAUCCUGCCCCUCUACUCUGCUCUCCUGAGACCUCGCUUGUAGCACUGUGUGCAGUUCUGGUGUCCUCAACUAAGAAGGACAUGGAGCUGUUGGAGCAAGUCCAGAGGAGGCUGCAAGGAUGAUCAGGGGCUGGAGCACCUCCUGUAUGGAGGCAGGCUGAGAAAGUUGGGGCUGUUCAGACCGGAGAAGAGAAGCCGCGUGGAGACCUCAGAGCAGCUUCCAGUAUCUGAGAGGGGCCUACAAGGAUGCUGGAGGGGGCUCUUCAUCAAGGACUGUAGUGAUAAGGGGUGAUGGGUUUAAACUUAAACAGGGGAAGUUCAGGUUAGAUAUAAGGAUGAAAUUCUUUACUGUGAGGGUGGUGAGUCCCUGGCACAGGUUGCCCAGAGAAGUGGUAAAUGCUCCAUCCCUGGCAGUGUUCAAGACCACGCUGGAUAGAGCUUUGGGUGGCAUGGUCUAGUGUGAGGCAUCCCUGCCCAUGGCAGGGGGUUGGAACUGGAUGAUCUUAAGGUCCUUUCCAACCCAAACCGUUCUGUGAUUCUAUGACUGUACUAUAAUAGGAGUCUAACUUUUCUGGUCUCCACAGUUUGCUAGGUGUUUGUGUCAGCAGAAAUCUGUUUGUAAACCAUUAGCCAAAGCCAGAUCUAAUCCUCAGAUCCAAAGCCUUUGGGUGUUUUCCCAAAAUGGGCAUUUCCCAAACCAUCUUAUUUUGAUUCGCUACACCACCACUUUCAGUAGUUGCUGUAGGAUUAGUAAGAGACAGAGGUCCAUUCUGAAUGACUCAUUUGUAUUUUUCGUUACUGCUCUGAUGCACAUUCUACUUCAUAUGGCCCAAGGAUCAUGACAAAGCUCAGAGAGGGUCUGUGUGUGGUUCUGGUAAUAGCAACAAUAUGGACCCAAGUGGGUUUGAGUCUUGAAUCUAAUGAGCAUGCUCUUCCAGUCGUCCAGCUUGGUUAGAUUUAUGUUCAAAAAACAGAUGGAUCUUUCACCUUUACUAAUAUCUCUGCAUUUGAGUUCACUCCAAUGAGAUGCUGCCUACCUGUUUGCUUAUGACUGAUUGAUUGCUUCACAGGGAGAAACAGUCUAUCAAGCUAGCACAGAGAGUCUAGUUGAAAAGGUUUUCUGUUCAGGAAAGAUGUUGUCUGUUCUUGCCAGGAAAACUAUAUUGGACUGUUUAAUUUCCAUAAACGUGGCAAUAAUAGCUGCAAUAAUAAUGUAUGUGAUGGUGGAGGUAAGCCAUCUGCUUUCUCAAUACAAUCAAUGGAAAGAUAGUAUGAGUCUAAUCUGAAGAGUUAAUGGAUCAACCCUUACAGGUGGAAAGCAACACCUUAUGGGCAGAGCAAGGUGGUGCCGGAUCUCUCUUGAUGUCCUAAACCAUUCUGAAGGCAGAUGCUUGUAGUUCAGGUGGAGACUUGAGGUCAUACAAAGCACAGGCAGGAUCCUGCAUGGACGGUGUAACUUGUCCCAUGUGCUGUUGGAUCUAUGACUCUCUGAUGGGUCUGAUUUCUGAGGCAUGUCUUCAUUAUUGUGUGACUUCAUUGUCAUCCAUUGAUGUGAAAUAAUGAAACUUCUGUUAGAAACAUUGAAUGUAUGUUCUCUGCUAUCUUUGGUGAAAACUUCUUUCCUGAUGCCCCAGGAUUUAUAGAAACAUAUUGUUAAGCUUAAUGGAGAUGAAACUUAUCAAAACAAGGCUACUCUGUGGCAUUACCCAGCAUUUCUGGUGUAGGUGCUUUCUGGCUUCAAUCACCUUCAUGUUUCCUUCCCUAAAACACAUCCCUCUCUGAGUAAAUAAAGUAAAAUCUUAGACUCAUAGAAUGGUUUGGGUUGGAAGGGACCUUAAAGCUCAUCCAGCUCCAAUCCCCUGCCAUGAGCAGGGACACCUUCCACUAGACCAGGUUGCUCCAAGCCCUGUCCAACCUGACCUUGAACACUACCAGGGAUGGGGCAGCCACAGCUUCUCUGGGCACCUUGUGCCAGCGCCUCACCACCCUCCAAGGGAAGAACUUCUUCCUUAUAUCCAAUCUCAAUCUCUCUUCUUUCAGGUUAGAGCCAUUCCCCCUUGUCCUAUCCCUACAGGCCCUUGUAAAAUGUCCCUUGGCAGCUCUCUUGUAGACACCCUUAAGGUAUUGAAAGGCCUCAAUAAGGUCUCCCCAGAGCCUUCUCUUCUGCAGGCUGAAGAAGCCCAGCUCUCUCAGCCUGUCUCCAGAGCAGAGCUGCUCCAGACCUCUCCUAUGAAGCAUCUUCAUGGCCUCCUCUGGACUUGCUCAGCAGGUCCACAUCCUUCUUCUGUUGGGGGCCCCAGAGCUGGACACACUACUCCAAUACUCCGUAUCUUGUAUGUUGAAUGCUGUGAGACUGACUUUUUAUUGUGACAGGAAACAGUUGUUCAAAUGUAUUUCAAGACUCUUCAUGGUGUUUGCUGAAUGAAUAACAAAUAUCUCACUAA